AUGGCUCAGGUUAGACGCGACCCUCUCUCGAGUCCCCCCGAAAGUGGUAAGCUGCCCACAGUCGGCAUGUGCUCAUGCCGUGCCGAUAGCCGUUCUGUCCGUCCCUUACAGGCAUGCAACACACAGACAAACAAACCGCCCGUGCGUGCAUGUCGCGAUCACGUCGUCAGUGUCAUUCUGGACGUUCAUGUGGACUCUUUUUAA